GCGGGCUUCAUGAUCCCUGGACGAUCUGGUCCAAUAGCUACCAAGGCUGCAACACAGGCGGGUCGACCCAAUGCCCUGGCCACAGCCAAGCCGGUGCAGCCGGCCCAGCCGGCGCCACGCCAGGGCUUCAUGAAGAGGGUGGCCCCAUUCCUGGGCUUUGCUGGUUCCGCAAUGGCUGGGACCAGCACUCGCCGGGCUGCUUCCGUCUCGACCGAGACGACGCCAGAGCAGAGGGUCAAGAAUCUGGUUCAGGAGCACAAAGUUAUCAUGUUCUCGAAGACGACCUGCCCUUUCUGCAGCAGAGCAAAGGAUGUGCUGAAGAAAAGCGGAAGCAAAUUCAUCGUGGUGGAGUUGGAUGAGCUUCCACCGCAGGAGGCUGCGGCAAUGCAGGACACGUUCGCAGAGAUGACCGGGGCACGUACAGUUCCUCGCAUUUUUGUCGGUGGAGCCUGCCUCGGUGGCUGUGAUGAUCUGCUUGCGAUCGAAGAGCAGGGCAGCUUGCAGCAGGUGUUGAGUGGGAAGUCCUUCCAGAUUAAACGCUCUGAGGCAGAGUGGCGUGCACAGCUGGAUCCGCAACGGUACAGGGUGCUGCGGCAGCAAGGCACGGAGCCACCUGGGUCCCACCAGUACGACCGGUUCAUGCCCGCCAAGGGCCACUUUGCCUGUGGAGGCUGCGGUCUUCCGCUCUACUCAGCAGAAUCGAAAUUCCGAAGCAACUGUGGAUGGCCGGUCUUCAAGACGUGCUACUACUCAGAGGAGGCUAACGGCUGCCAUGUGGGCACCGUGUCCGAGUUUGGUGGCCUGGAAAUUGUUUGUAAUCGCUGCGGAUCGCAUUUGGGCCACGUCUUCUUUGAUGCGUUCAAGCCAGACAACCCCAAUGGCGAGCGACACUGA